GGUAAAGUGGCAGUCAGCUCUUCCAGCCCCGCUGUCACAGCUUUGCUACCGGCCCCGUCCCAGGACGGACACACGCCCAUCAGUGAAGGGGAGAUCUUCAAGCUUCCAGGCAGGCUGAGAAUCCAGCCCUCACUGUGGAGCAAGGACGACGUGAUCCACUGGCUAAGAUGGGCUGAGAAAGAGUAUUCCCUUCGGCAAACGGACAGAAGCAAGUUUGAAAUGAACGGCAGAGCCCUGUGCAUCCUCACCAAGGAUGACUUCAGAUACCGAGCUCCGAGCUCAGGUGAUGUGUUAUAUGAAAUACUCCAGUACAUUAAGACUCAGAGAAGAGCUCUGGUGUGCAGCCCUUUGCUCAGCUCACCCUUCAGGGAAGCCAGGAGCACAGAGGAAGACUGCAGGCUGCUGUGGGAUUAUGUGUACCAGCUCCUCUCCGACAGCCGCUACGAACCUUACAUCAAGUGGGAAGAUAAGGAAGCCAAGGUCUUCCGGGUCGUUAACCCAAAUGGACUUGCCCAGCUCUGGGGGAACCACAAGAACCGUAUGAACAUGACAUACGAGAAGAUGUCACGAGCGCUCAGACAUUACUACAAACUCAACAUUAUCAAAAAGGAGCCAGGGCAGAAGCUGUUGUUCAGGUUUUUGAAGACUCCUGGGGAGAUUAUCCAUGAGAAAUCCAGCAAACUGGAGCAGCUGGAGAAUGAGGAGCAUGAGGAUUUGAAAGAAGACCCACUGGAGGCUUCACCAUAA